UAUUCUUUAGAGAAGUUAGAUAAAGUCUUUCACAUUCUCCAUCUCCUCUUAUAUAGAAACGUACCCUAUUCUUCUUUAUUUGCAUCGCAUUUGUUCUUGAAUCUCUUUCUAUUUUCAGCUAAGUUUCUCAUCAAAGUUAUAUAGAAAACAAAGAGAGAGAGAGAGGGGAAUAUAGUGAGAGAUGGAAAGAAUGUUUCCUUCAAAGAAGCCCUUAACUAUGAAUUCAUCACAUGAAAGACCUAUGUGUGUUCAAGGUGACUCAGGCCUUGUCCUCACCACCGAUCCGAAACCGCGGCUUCGAUGGACCGUCGAACUCCAUGAACGCUUCGUCGAUGCUGUUGCUCAGCUUGGAGGGCCAGAUAAAGCCACUCCUAAAACAAUCAUGAGAGUUAUGGGUGUGAAGGGUCUUACCCUUUACCACCUCAAGAGCCAUCUUCAGAAAUUUAGGCUUGGAAAGCAGCCCCACAAGGAAUUCAAUGAACAGUCGGUUAAGGAUGGUAUGAGAGUUUCGGCUUUUGAACUGCAGCGAAAUACUGGCACCUCGUCUUCUAUGACUGGCCGCAACAUGAACGAGAUGCAGAUGGAGGUGCACAGAAGAUUGCAUGAACAACUAGAGGUUCAAAAGCACCUUCAAUUGAGGAUUGAGGCUCAAGGUAAAUACAUGCAAAGUAUAUUGGAGAAGGCUUAUAGCACACUUGCUGGUGAAAACAUGGCAGUUUCAGCUACAAAUUUCAAGGGUGUUAUUGGAACUCAAGGCACCCCUAAUUUGAGUAUCAUGAAAGAUUUUGUUUCUCCUCUUAAUUAUCCUCCUUUUCAAGACCUUAACAUUUGUGGUAGUGAUGAUGAACAACUUGAUCUUCAUCAUCACAUCAUAGAGAGGCCAACCCUUGAUGAAAUGCUUAUGCCAAAUAAUAAUGAAAAUUUGUUUGUUGGGAAGAAAAGGCCUAGCCCUAAUUUUAAUGGAGGAAGUGGAAAGAGUCCAUUGAUUUGGAAUGAUAAUGAUUUAAGGCUUCAUGAUUUGGGAACAGCUUCAUCAUCCAUUAGUCCUCAAGAUGUUCCUAAUUUUAAAGGUGAUGAUGAAAGUGAUAUUAUAUAUGACACAAAGGUUGGUGAGAAGAAAUUUGAUGCAUCAAUGAAGCUAGGAAUAUCAUCACCGAGUAGAGUAACUUUUCAAAGUGAAAGGAUGAGUCCUAUGAUCAAUGUUGUGGCAGGUCAUAGCUCAUCACCAUUUGGUUGAAGAAUAUGAAUUGAUUAUAAUUUUCUUAUGUAAUUUAGUCAAUUAGAUUUGUUUUUGGACUCUACUUACUUAAUUAGAUAGAAAUAUAAUUUUUUAGUUUUGUCCUAAAAAUCAGUAGUUCAUGCAAGGGUUAUUAUUUAUAAUUAUUGGUUAUGGUAUAAUGUCAUUGCAUGGCA